CAAAUCCGUCUAUGAGAUUUCUGCCUCCUCAAGAAUCCUCAUUUAAGUCACGUGAUGACAAUUAUCUUCAUUUGUAUUUGAGUGUCUAGAAUAAACGUUCCCCCUCCAGAUCAAAGCGUACCGCAAAGCUCCGACACUCUAAACACCAGCGUGUUCUUGUUCUUGUAGUUAACGUGAUCCGGCCCUUAUAAAUCUCUUAUUCCCGCGUCACCGUAACGCACAACUCAUUUUACCAAUAUUAACGUCACCACGUCUAAAUGACCCUCCACUGUCCCCCCGCCGGUUCCUCCGGAUAAUCAAACAUGUCAGACCGUCCGUGGCAGUGAAAAGGGAAGUGGAACUCUCCCGUUUGACCCGGAGAGGUUGAAAAUAGGACGUGGAGGUCUAUGUAUAGCCGGCAUUUGCGUGGCUGUGCGUCGCCGGUGACACCAGACACUACAACUCCGGAGGAGGAGCUUCGGUGGGCCGGUACCGGGCGGGGAGGUCAGAAGAAGUCGGGUUAGAGAGGUAUCGGCCCACCUGGGCGGGAGAAGGAAACACGUGGCUGUGCCUGAAGGCUGACAGGUGCUGCCCGGCAGCCUCUCGACACGCCGCCGGCAUCGCGCGUGCGUCACCUCGCGGGCCUCAGCGGCCGCCAUGCCGCCCGCUGACGUUCAUCAAUAAACGGGCCGAGGAACUGGAGUUCUCCCAGUGGAACGAGAUACACCAGAGAGACACUCCUCUGGGGUCAGGUAGAAAUGUCCUUAUUGCUCAAAGCACCGUUUUUAUAUUAAAUGAAUCAUAAAUACACUUUAUACAAAGUUAAUGUGUAAAUGACUAUUCUCUGGUGUUUAAUGAAGUCCCUACAGAGGUGUGUAUAGGCCGAUCUCCAGUGUUCUAGUGGUACACUGUGUUAUCGCCUUAGAAGACUAGCGGAGGGGUAGAAAACCCUUAAACCUUUUUUAUGUGAGCGCAGCUGAAAACAGUUAUGCUGGUGAGAGAAGCUCUAAAACUGGCCUUCCUUUGAGCCACAAGAAGAACAACAUUAAUAUUAACAAUAUAAUCAUUAUUCAUAACCUGGUUAAUGUCUUGACUAUAUUUUAUAUUCUUUUUGCAAUUAAUUUAAUAAAUAAAUGUGAGUUUUCAUGGAAAACACCAAAUUGUCUGAGUGACCGGUCGUGUAUAUUUGUAGGAAAAUAACAUCUUGAGUCGGGGGAGGAAAUUUUUUAGGGGGCAAUGUUUGCCCCACUGACUGAAAUCCAGGGGCAUUUAAAAUAAAUUGGGGGCACUUUUUGAAACAUGUGAAAUAACAUUUAACAGGGUUCUUACGGUCAUGGAAAACCUGCAAAAGUCAUGGAAAUUUAAAAUGGUAAUUUCCAGGCCUGGAAAAGUCAUGGAAAAAACUUAAAUCCUAAAGGUUUUGGAAAAGUCAUGGACAUUUGUUAUAAUCACAUGUUCAUCUGAGUUUGAGUUCAUGGAGUUUUAAAUAAUUUAUAUGUUUUUUAAAGAAAGACACUCAAAAUAUAAGCCGGCAUACGGCUUAAUACGCAAAAUGUUCUAAAUGUUUCAUGUUUAUACCCAGAUUUCAGUUUGGUCAUGAAAAUUUGGUUUAAAGUCAUGGAAAAAUCAUGGAAAUCCAUUAGUCAAAAUGUGUAAGAACCCUGAUUUAAACUUUGUUCAAAAAUAAUAAAAUAAUAAAUAUAAUAAAUGAUUAUUAUAAAAAAAUUAAAUUAUUACAUAAUAAUAAAUAAAUAAUAAAUACUUAUUUAGGCACAAUAUUAAAUUAUAAUAUUUAUUAAAUAUAUUAUGGGGCAUUUUCUGCCUCUCCUCGUGACGUCAGGGGCAACUUUAUAUUUCUUCGGGCGGUUUGUCCUCCUGAGUUUCAGACGCUCAGUUUCCUUCAUCGACGGGAGAAAAACUUAUUUUUGUACGGAUUAGAUUAAGAUGACAAACGAGGAAAGAUGGGACAGAGGGAGGUAAUAAGGGAAAUAUACGAGGGGCCAGGGAGGAAGGAAGGAAAGUCAUCAAGGAACUCAAGAAGGGGGGGGGGAGAGUUCUGGGAGGAAAGAGGAAAGGAAAUAAAUCAAGAUAGACAGAAAAGGAAAGAAGUAACCAGGCGGACGAGAAGGAAGAAAGAAUGCAGGAGGAGAAAGAAAGAAAGAAUGAAAGAAAGAAAAAAGAAAGAAAGAAAGGAAAGAAGUAGAAGAAAAAAGAGGAGGAAACCAAAGAAUGGAACAGGAGAAAAAAAGAAGGGAAUAAUAUUUAAUGGUAACCGAACGUUGAAGAGGAUAAAAUAAAGAUGUUGGGGAACGCCCCGAAUGACCCCAAAGACCCCAAAGACCCCAAAGACUCCAAAGACCCCAAAGACCCCAAAUACUCCAAAGACCCCAAAGAACCCAAAGACCCCAAAGACCCCCACGACCCCAACGACCCCAAAGACCCCAAAGACCCCAAAUACUCCAAAGACCCCAAAGACCCCAAAUACUCCAAAGACCCCAAAGACUCCAAAGACCCCAAAGACCCCAAAGACUCCAAAGACCCCAAAGACACCAAAGACCCCAAAUACCCCAAAGACACCAACGACCCCAAUGCCCCCUACAACCCCAACGCCUCCAACGACCCCAACGCCCCCAUGACCCCAACGCCCCCUACAACCCCAACGACCCUUGAAAAAGGAUAAGCGGUUCGGAUGAUGCAAUGGAAACAUGUAGUCCAUCGCCAAAGUGACUUACGGGGAACCUCAAGGUUGUUGUUUCAGCCGGGAGCUCAGCGGCGGACCAAGCCGCCCUCCGACACGCGGCGACCGGCCGAUUGGUCGGAAGCCAACGAAUGGACUCGAUAAAAAGCCUCGGCUGUCAGGACCUCCUCCCUCCAGCAGGACGAGGCUCAGCAGCGGCGGACGGUGGGAUGGGACUCUCUGCACGAGAGGCGCUCUCCGGGUCUUUCAUGUGCCGCCGGCGGUUCACGGCGGGUCGGAGGUGUCGGCCGGCCGCCGGCCCAGAGGUGCCGCCCGGCUCGGUUCGCCCUCAUUCCACCGGAUAAUAAAGGGAAAACUCUUCCUGAGCACUUCCUGUUACAGUUAUUCCCACUUCAACAGGACGAUGGCGUCAUCUCCAACAACCAGGAGGCUCAGUGUCACAGCGGGCUGCUGGGUAACGGACUAAAGGAUUAGAGCGAUCAGAACUACAGGGAAACCCGGCUGUUCCACUGCAGUGAGGCUCAUCAGGCUCAGUCCGUGUGGACGCCACGGCCCACGAGCUGCAGACAUUUAUGUCACGGCUAACGUCAGAUGCAGAUGUUUGAUUCACAGUCUCAGGGUAUGAACAGAACACAUGCAUCUCAGGUUUGAAUAAUCCUUUAUAAUAAUAAAUACAAGGUGAAUCCCCGUCUUGUGCGUCACGGGAGACGAGGCCCACCGCGGAGCGCUGGAGGAACCACGCAGCCUGCAGGGAGAGUGAUCUGAUUAGUUUUCUUUUCUCCCCCACGCAUAUGGACUGAAUCACUCAGACGCACGAUGGACGACAUCACGGGCUCGCCUUUCCUUUUGUUCUGUCGGGCGUUUUUUGUGUGCGUGUUUUAUCCUCUGCUGUCGACC